CUCCAAUGCUCCAAUGGCAAUUUUGACGUCGCAGCGAACGGUUGUGUCUUGUUUCCGUCGAGUUGUAGAGGGGUUAAAGCACAGCUAAUUAGCCAAUUUGUUGUACUGAGUCAGAGAGAACACAUUUUCCAAUUGAAUAAAAUUUGUUUAAAGUGAAUCAAUUAUCUUUCCGAAUCUUCGAAUAAUAAAAGGAAACAACGAAUUCGUGCUCACAGCCAAAGCGGUAUUAUACGCUCUCAAUAACAAUACAAAGAAUAAAAGCAAACGAAAUCAAGUGAGGAAAAAAACUCGCUAAAGAAAAAUCAUUAGCGAGAAGGUGAACAAGCAAAUUAUUGAUUUUCCGUGACGAAACAGAAGAAUAAAGAGAACCUAAGAGCGUCAGCUGAGGUGAAAGACGACAGUGUAAAAAAGAAAAAGGCAAAAAAGAACGCAAAACGCUAAUUUGUUAACAAAAAUAUUGAUAAACAACCCGAAAAAAUUAUUAAUUAACAACAACAAAAAUAAAAAAAAACGGUGUUUGUUCUUGUUGCCGUCUCCGAGCAGCAGUGAAGUAGUAAAAAUAUCUGUGAAGAGGCUCACGAACAGCCGCUGAACAAACCUAAAAUUUACAAGUGUGUGAGAAAUAUAAGAGCUAAGCGGCGACUUUUGCAGCGGAAGUGCAUUUACAUUCAGGUCACGCGUAACGCCCGCAAACUCACGUACGCACCCGACUGCCCCGUUAGAAGGGAGUUGCAACAGCAGCAAAGGCGAACAAGGAACUGCUGAUCAACCAAUAACAAAAACACCAAUACAGAAAUAAAAGAAAAAGAAAGAAAGCUCAAGCCCAAACGCCAUCACAACGCCAGGAUUGACGCAACAGCGCAGUUUGGCCACACCCACAGCCACCACACACACAUACAUACAUAAACAUACCGACAACCACAAGUGCCACUCAUUAAACAACCACUAAGCACCUUGAAAACAACAACAAUUAAAACUACAACAAACCACAAUUCGAUUUAAAGAAGAAGAAACAUCAGAAAUAUACUCUUGUUGUUGUAAGUGUUAAGUUGUCAUGAUGAAGAUGCCGCAAUCUGAAGGCGGCUAUACAGCGCUCGAUAGCGCCGGCACCAAUGGCCAAGAUGGCAGUGGUGGCGCCAUCUAUCAAUCCACCACAGAACCGACCGGUCCACAUUCGGUUUUCGAAUCGAUGAAACGCGCCAUUGGUCAGGUGGUGGGCACAACAAAUGGUAAUGCUCAGGAUACCGACGAUUUGCUAACGACGACCAAUGGGCGUCAGGCCACAAUUGUGGGAUCAAGUGUUUAUUUCAGAGACCGGGACAAAAUCGGUAAGCCACUGAAUACGAAGAUGCCAUCUGCGCCGACACACACGGCCGAGGAGGCACGUCUGUUGGGCACCAUGCCCGUCGACCCUAUGGACGAUAUUGAAUUGCGCUCUGUGUGGCUGCAGUUCCCAUAUACACGCGGCUCCGCACUGCAGGCCUGUGAACAGCGUCGUGUGCCCACCGAUAAGGGCGAUAUUCACGUAGCCGUACAGGGUGACACUACAAAGCCAGCCAUUUUGACGUAUCACGAUCUGGGUUUGAAUUAUGCUACUAGCUUUGCUGGAUUCUUCAACUUUCCUCCACUUCGUAGUUUGCUGGAGAACUUCUGCGUCUAUCAUGUUACAGCUCCUGGACAAGAGGAAGGAGCACCUAUAUUGCCAGAAGACUACGUCUAUCCAACCAUGGAUGAAUUGGCCGCUCAGCUGGUUUUCGUGAUGUCACAUUUUGGUCUGAAAUCGGUGAUUGGUUUCGGUGUUGGCGCUGGCGCCAAUAUACUGGCACGCUUUGCACACACCAAUCCGGAUAAAGUCGGCGCUUUGGUGCUCAUCAAUUGCGUUUCGACACAAUCCGGCUGGAUUGAGUGGGGCUACCAGAGUUUCAAUACUCGCUUCUUGCGCACCAAGGGCAUGACUCAGAGCGUCAUCGACUAUCUGAUGUGGCAUCAUUUGGGCCGUAAUCCCGAGGAGCGCAACUAUGAUAUGGUGCAAAUGUUUAAGCAACACUUUGAACGCGGCGUCAAUCCCACUAAUUUGGCCAUGUUCAUCAAUUCGUAUAUACAUCGCAAUGACUUGAAUAUUACACGUACACCACCCGGCACUCCCGGUACGCAGCCAUCGUCGUGCACACUGAAAAUGCCGGUCAUUAAUAUUACAGGCGCUUUGUCGCCACAUGUCGAUGAUACCGUUACCUUCAAUGGGCGCUUGGAUCCAACCAACUCAUCUUGGAUGAAGAUCUCCGAUUGCGCCAUGGUGAUGGAGGAACAACCGGCGAAAUUGGCCGAAGCCUUCAGGCUUUUCCUGCAGGGCGAGGGCUACGCCACGCCUCUCUCCACACCAGCCACCUCGCCAUGUGGCACCAAAUAUCAGACCUACUCGUCCAUCUUCUUUGCCAAUUUCAAGGAGCAGCUCGAGAAGGAGCGUCGCGAACAGCAAGCUGAGCAGCAGCAACAGCAAAAACAAAAGAAGCUGCGCAGCAAUGUGCGUCUCUGUCGCGAAACUGCCAUCAACAACAACAACACCACAAACGCCGGUUAUACCUCGAGUAGCGGUGACGCCUCCGGCGGUGAGUCUGACGGCAACGGCAAUCAGUCGAUUGAGCGCGAACGCCAUUUGCCCGCCUGCGACAUGCGGAAGGACUUGGACGAUGACUUAGACUUCGAGGCGGAGCCGGAGGUGAGCGUGAACGGCACGGCAUACACGAGCGCGCAGAAGAUGCGCAUCACGGAGAACCCACUGCCGGAGGCUGUCAGCUGUUAGAUGGCAGGCGAGUGACUAACAACAAAAGAGCGAGCGAUAUAGCGGCAGGGAGAGAUGAAGAGAGCGAAAGUUAACGUAAACGUAAGUGAAGUGUCGAGGAAGUGUAACGGAACCUAGCGAAGCGGCGCUUCGAGUUGUGCGAGUUAGAAGUAUAUCAUUUAAGCAUUGCUGCGUUUCUUCAUGCCACCAUUGAAGAUGUUUCUCCUGGCGCUCAGAAACCUACUGUAGUACUAAAUUUAAUAAAUUACCUAAAAACCAAAAACGACACCGACAAGCUGCUGAAACUGAGCUGUGCGCCCCACAUGCUACAUACACAAAUGCAAUAAAUCAAUUCUGAAAGCGAAAUGUCACUGCUGCAGCCGAAACCGCCCAUAAAGCCAUACAAAUAAUUGUUAUUACUUAGAUAUUAUUUAUUUUAGUGAAUUUGUGCUUAAAAGUGAUUAAAUAUGGGGCGAGAAUUGUAGUUAAGAAUAUACUUAAAUGUCACUCUUUAAUAAAAUUCACAAAAAUAAAAACAAAAUGAAGUAUUUGAGAAAUUCUCUAAUGAUGCCUAACUACAUUUCAUUGGCCUUUAUUUAGAAACAUCAACAAAAAAAUUUAUGAAUUUCAUUAAUAUUUUUUGGAAAAUAAAUAAAUGUUUAAUUAAACCAUUCUAAUAGCUAAAAUUAGAACAAAAAAAAAUAAAAUAUUAUUAUUAGAUUACCAAAUGAUUCGCAAAAUAAACGAUGUUAGCUAGCAUUGGAAUUGUUAACCCAAAAAAUAAUAAUAAAAAAUAAAAUUAACAUAAAAUCGAAAAAAUAAAAACUAUAAAAUUUUUCUUGAAGAAAUUAGUUUUAUAAAUUCGUGUUAAAUUAAAAAAAUAAUUCAAAAUAUUCGAAUAUAUUCGAAAAAAUCCUUAGCAGCAACUCUUCAUUCCAGACCGACAUGGCGUAUACGUAACACAAGCAUUUAGCACUCAAGCUGAAGCAGUUGCAGAAUGGAUUUGAAUUACAAAAGUACACUGGUGAAUGAAAAUAAUAUUAUUUCAAAAAAUAUAUAAUAUAAAAUUAAAACAAAAAUUUAUAAAAUUUUUAAAAAAUUUAUAUUUUUAAAUUUUAAGUUUUCAAAUUUUUUUUAUUUAAAAAUUAAAAAAACAAAAUAAUAUAAAAUAAAAACCAAUAAGAAAAUAAAAUAUUUUAUAAAUUAAAAUUACAUUUUAUUUUUUUUUUAUUUUAAAAUUAUAAAUUAUUAAAAUUUUAUUAAUUAAUUAUUUAAAAGUUUAUUUAGAAAAAAAAUAUAUUUUUUUUUUUUUUUGAAUGGUUUUUAUACUAUUAGUAUACUUUUUUUUAUAGGAAAAAAAUCUAAUAUUUUAAAAUAAAUAUUUUUAUUGAUAAUUUUUAAAAACUCAAAAAGAAAUCCAAUAUUUUUCCAAGUAUUAGAGUAAAAUUUAUAAUAAAUUUUACUUUUUGCAUUAUCAAAGGAAUUAUUUUAGAACGAAAACUGCAAACGCCACCAGAAAACUCCACUAAAAUUUGUAAACUUUCCAAAACUUUACAAAAAUUCAUUCUGCAACACUUCCGCCGUCAAAAGCAACUUGAAUAUUAAAACUUAAACAUAAUAAAAAAACCCACAUUGUACUUAUAUAACCGCUUAGUUUGUUUCAUUUCACUUUGUGCCUGAAAUAUUUUAUGAUUACUUAUAUUGUAAUGAAGAAAAAACACCGUUAAAUAAGUUAAACCAAAUAAAAAUAAAAAAUAAAAUAAAAGUGAGAAAAAAACCAGGAAAGUUGAACAAAGUGCAGGGAUUGAUUAAAAUCAAUAAUAACGGUUAUAGUUAUGAGAGUGAGUAUUGACAGGAAAAUAUCAAAUAUAAUAACGAGCUUUCUUGUUGCAAGCGAUUUUUGCUUAUUGUUGAAUUUAGCUAAGCAAGCGAUUAUUUUAAGCCACACACAAAAAACAUUGCAAAUUCAAAUAUUUUAAGUACUCACACACACACACACAAACGCAUUUACACCGAUGUAGGGCAGAUGAUGAUGAUGAUGAAGAUGAAAAUACGAAGUAAGAAGUUUAACAGUAAGUAUUUCAUUUCGAAAUCAAUGUAGUUACAUAAAUAUAUUUAAAACUCAACGAAAGCUUAGCAAAUGAAGCUUCAUAAAAUAACAACAACAAAAUACAGUAGGCGACCAGCGUUUGUAGAUAAAAGAGUAAAUAAAAUUUAUGCAAUUAAAUGCAACGCUGUUAACGAAAUGUGUAGCAAAAAUAAAUUUGUGUAAAACCAAAAAAUAAAAAAAAAAAUUCAAAAAAUUCAAAAUUACAAACACUAAAUAUCGAAGAUACUUUAAAAGAUAACUGUAAUUACUUUAUGUGCUAGUAAAACGAAUUGAAGAAAGUCCUCGGAUGCUGAGGUGUCUUUCAUAUGUGAACUGUACUAAUGUUCAUUAUAAUUAACGCGUAGACUACGCAGACUAGAUAUUUUGUUUCAGAGAGGAAAUCACGAUCCUUGCAUAUCAAAAAAAAAAAAAAAAUAA